UAGCAUAAUUGUUGUUGUAUUUACUUAGGCUAUAAAAGCGUGUUUUCGCCCAUCUACGUAAGAGAAGCUGCAGCGGUCAAGCUAAUUGUCAAAUAUUUCAGGACUUGGUAUCACACUUCUUAAUAGUUUCCCCUAUAAGCUAUGACGUCGGUAACCAUUGUCGCUGGUCCGCGCCCCGCCUUUGCAUCGCGGCAUAGCAUCCCUUUUGCGAGUCGUCCUCGUGCCACUACCCUUCGUCGCACGGUAGUCCGUGCUCAACCCAAUGACGACAAUACUAAACCGCCAGAACUGGAGCCCACGGUUACCACUCGUGAGCCAUCCUUGCCCCCGCCAUCAGCACCAACCAUGUCCACAACUGAGGAAUACCAAGGUCCUACUGGUCAGCUAGCCGUCUUAGGCAGCACUCAAGAGGCUAUUAACGGCCGUGCAGCCAUGCUGGGCUUCGUCGCCGCGCUCAUAUCCGAGGCCGCUACCCACCAGGCCGUCUGGUCGCAGAUUGCGGGCCGCUACAUCGACGGCGACUUGGUGGAGGCCCCGCACGGCACCGCAACACUGCUGUUUGGAGCCGUGGUGGGACUCACGACAAUGGCCACUCUGGUUCCAAAGCUGGUGGGGAACCUGGAGGUUGAUUCCAAGUCGUUUGGGCCGUUCACUCCGGCGCGGGAGCGGCUGGUGGGGCGGGUGGCGCAGCUGGGGUUCGCGGGUCUGCUGAUUGCGGAGUUGGUGAAGGGAUCUGCGCUGCUGGGAUGAGAGAUGCAGUGAGGUGGAAUGUGUGAGUGACAUGUGAGCGAAACUUUGAAUGAUGUGAGAGAAUCAGAGAAAGAAGAGAGAUAGGGAAGGUUUGAGAGAGAGAGAGAAAGAGUGUUUCGCUGUCAGGGGUUUGGGGUUGCUGCUGUAAGGUUGUUGUUUUGUUGUGGUGACAUUGGCGGAUGUUGUACUGUCGUUCAGGGUGUUGACAUACGGUAGUGUUGCAAGUGUGUGAGGUGAAACUUCUACUGACGCUUCUGCUCGUACUGACGCUACACUUGUAUUUUGCCUACACCUGUACAAUUACUGCUUCCUGUUACUGACCUUACGUUCAUCAUUUUACUUGUCUUACAUAUGUCUGAUUGCCGUAUGUACGUGAAAUUUCGAUGGUUUAGUACCAGAUACGUGU